GCGCCCCCUCCUCCUUCAUUUGCGGAGAGGAAAAAGGCAAAGGAGAAACCUCCAUAGUUAAGCUAGCUAUAUUACACUAUUGAAACAUCUAGCGAUACGUAAACACACCGAGAGCAACGGGAUUAUUUUUCGUGAUAAGCAAAUGGGAUUUAAUGAAGCUGAUUUUUGAAAUCAAACGAGCCUUCUCUGGUUACGCGGAACUUAUCGGAGAGGGGAGUGAAGCGGAGGGAUAGAUCCAAAGAAAAGAAAAAAGCGGCCUAUUUUUGUUCCACAUAUUCCGGAGCCAGCACUGCAGAUUUUCGUCCUCUUAAAAAUCUCAGCAUAUAUUCUGGCCUUUUGCGCCCUUCGUGCACUGCGUGGAGCGACUUUUCCCGCAUACUUCCUGCUUUCUUGCAAUUCGGAUGUUCGGGGGGUAAAUACUGGAUUGGAUUGAGUCAACUGGCCUGUUUUUUUUGUUUUUUUUUUGCAGCCCUACCGCCAUGGGAAGCUGUGGAUAACAAACAGACGCGCUCUCCAAAAUAAUCAUUUAUAAAUUGCUAAAUGCCCUGGACGGACAGUGGUUUCGGGGGGGAGCAAGAGCGGCUUUCUCCGGAACCGAGCGGGAUCCCGGGGAGGAGGUAGAGAGGCGACGGGCGCUUGGGAACCGAGAAUCCCGCUUUGAACCCCUGCUUGCUGCAUCCAGCAUUAGCGAGCAAUCGGGGGGAAAGCGGUCGGGGGACUCGGCGGCGGAGCGCCGCCCGCGUAUUGUUGAACAGCCCAAAAAAAUUGGACUGGCGUGGCACUUAAGAGAUGCGAGUGAUGUCUGGAGAAAGGGAGAGUUUAUGCAGAUCUUAAUCACGGUUGAUUUUUUAAGUAACAUUUUAACGUGUUUUUUAAACCUAGGUUCUGUUUUAUUUUUUAAUCGAUAAUGGUGAUUUGGAAGCACUUCGUGCCAUGGAAGAAGGGGAAGCGCUGAAGCAGGUUGUCGAUGCGGUUUUUGACAUGGUGCUUUUGAAUACAGACUGUGUGCAUCGGCCACGCCGUGUUCUUCUACACACUGGGGAUACUACACACCGUGAUCUGUUCCCUAGUAUUGAAUACGCCCGAUCUUUUUGAGAGCAAAUCCCCCCCCCCUCCCCAUGCCUUUUGCAUGUCCCUCUCGCCUUUCUUGGACACCGGGGGUCGAUGAGGUGCGGAACCUAGCCUUGGCCGACGUCAUUCGGCUCAAUUAAGGAGAUAUUUAUCAAGUCUGAAAGGCGGAUCUGUUGCGUGCUGGGUGUUUUUUUUUUUUUCGUUUUGUUUUGUUUUUUUUUUUUGUUUGUUUUUGUUCCCCCCCCCUUUCCUCCAGACCUGGCUCUGUCCGCUGCGAGGCUGCUGCGAUGAACCCGGUGAAUGCCACCGCUCUGUACGUGUCAGCGUGUCGUUCGGUGCUGCAGUGCGAUCCUCGGGACUCACAGUCCGUAGCCGAGCUGUGCAAGCUCCUGCCUUUCUUUAGGCAGUCUCUUUCCUGCCUUGUUUGUGGGAAUUUGCUUCAAGAUCCGAUUGCUCCGACCAACUCGACUUGCCAGCACUAUGUGUGUAAAGGCUGCAAAGGUCAGAAGAUGGUGAUGAAGCCGUCAUGCAGUUGGUGUAAGGACUAUGAGCAAUUCGAGGAGAACAAGCAGCUCGGCAUCCUGGUGGAGUGUUACCGGAAGCUCUGUGAGUACAUGGCGAGCUCCCCGCUGCUGUCGCAGAUCGCCAGCGACGGCUUCCCGGAGGUCCUGGCUCUGCUGAAAGAGGGCUUUCCUCCGACCGCCAGCGCAGCAGAGGAGUCGCAGGGCACCGCCCCAGUCGCCCUUUCACAUUCCCCAUUGCCUUCGACCUCGGAACACCAGGGUGACCGCAUUCUGCCGGAACCCCCUGUCGAGCCCCGGGAGCCGGUUCCGGACGCGGUGGCCGGGGUGCCCAGCGUCAACGGCAUGCAUGGCUGCAACGGACUGAGCAUGGAGGAGCUGACGUCGGUCGCCGCACCCUCCCCAGGAACCAUGGCCCCGACGGUUGACGGCAGGGAGCUGAAGCUGGAGGGCUUUCCGGACGGGAUGCCGGUCUGCAGGGCAGCCGCCUCGGAAGAGCUCUGCAGCGACGGCAUCGAUAUCUCCAGCUUUGGGGAGGACAUCAAGCCCAGCGGGGACUCGCUGCUCCUCACUGUAGAGGAGGUGCUCCGGACCCUAGAGCCCGACACUGCGGCGGAAGACUGUGCCGACGUCCUGCCGUCUGGCUUAGAGCCAUCGGGCGACCUGAGCAGGCCGUUCACCGACACCCGGCAGCCCUCACUCCCGCUGGACCCCGGCGUCUUUCCUUCCCGGCACCCCGCUGUGCCUCCUCCACCACCUCCCUCGGGGAUCUCUUGCUCAGCGGCCACACCUAAGGCGGCGCGGCUCAACCGCAAGCGGUCGCGCUCUGAGAGCGACAGUGAGAAGAUCCAGCCCCUGCCCAUAUCUAGCAUCAUCCAGGGGCCCCCGAUAGCGGCUGCCGCUCCCAUCUCGGUGAAGCGGGAGCCCAGCAAGAUGUUGGUGCAGCCGGUGGCUGCCGUCCCCAACGGGGGGCCGCCCAAGGUCAGCAAGACACUGCUGGUCUCCAAUAAGGGGAUCAAGAAAAACCCCGACCAUGGGCCCAAAAAGGCCUACACCAAGGUCAAGCAGGGGGUGCCUAAAACCAAGGACAAAACGAAAGACCGCUUGCCUGGUGCCAACCUGAUACCUGGAAGCCCCACCAAAGUGGUCUACAAGAAGCCCCAGGAGAAGAAAGGCUGCAAGUGCGGUCGGGCCACCCAAAACCCAAGUGUUCUUACGUGCCGCGGCCAGCGGUGCCCCUGCUACUCGAACCGCAAGGCCUGUCUGGACUGCAUCUGCCGCGGCUGCCAGAACUCCUACAUGGCCAACGGCGAGAAGAAGCUGGAGGCCUUCGCCGUGCCGGAGAAGGCGCUGGAGCAGACGCGGCUCACGCUGGGCAUCAACGUGACCAGCAUCGCCGUGCGCAGCGCCGGCACCAGCAGCGGGGUCCUCAACGUGGCGGCCGGCUCGCCGGUGCCCUCGUUUCUUGCCGCCAGCCCGCAUGAGGACAAAGGUUACGAUGAGACUCUGGACAUGAGGUUCGACUGCUGAGCUCCAGCUGCAAGCACCCCUCCCUCUGGCAACGUUUAUUUUAUUAUUAUUAUAUUUUAAAAUGCUGCGGGCAGGAAGUAGAGGUGGUUGAGGCACUACACCAAGGCAGCUAUGGUUGAGUACCAGUUUCACGUAGUCAGUCCCGACUGCCAAAGCUCCUGCCUGUACGUCCCUGAGGGCAGCGCCCCUUCUGUGUGGCGCACUGCCGCGGGUUUGACAGCAGAGGGCGCUGUUACUGUGAGUCACACGUCCGCCGCAAGCAAUUUACACUUAACCACCUCCAGCAAGAGAGGCCCGGUGUCAUGGCGGUGGGUCCCGCUCGACCCCGAAAUUGGGCGAGACGUUCAGGCCAUGGCGCGCCAUGGAGACGGUAACUUCGGAGAAGGCCGGUUGUAUUUAUAAUUGUUUUUUUUUUCCGUUUGUUUUUUUUUUUGUUUGUUUGUUUUUGUAUGCACUCAUCAAAUUCCAUUUAAAGACGUGUUUUAUAAGUGACGACAACAUUUUGCAGUAUUUAUUGGAACUUGGCCUAGCGGAGUCCCGUCUGCUAGUCCGCCAUCGCCGGGCCUCCGUCCCCCAGAAGCAGGCUGAUCGGGAGUCGUUCCCGUCCGGGAGAGAACAGAAAUAUCUCGCUGUCCUGUUUGUGCUCGGUUCUGCUGUUUCACAUGCCAUGUGUUCUCCACUGGGGCAUUCAGAAACCUGUAUUAUAUAUAUGUGUGACGUAAUUCCACAAAAAAGCAAACUUUUCUAAUGGUAUUUAUUUUAUUCCACCCAUCCACCCCGUACCUUACUGAAAAUGAUUCAUUUUCCACGUCUGCAGCACAACACACCAUCAGCAGUCGCAUCCUCCCCCCCACUCCCCUUUUUCCAAACUGUCGUAAUGAGUGACAUCUUAAAUCCUGUUCUGCGGGCAUGAAUCUCGAUUAGUCUUUGCCACUUUUUAAUGGAUAGGUGUGCAUCUGCCUUACCUGCACUUCGUCUUGGCAGGGACCCCGGAUGAAGCACUUAAUGUGAUUAAUAGGCCAAAUAACAACGGAACCUACUUGGUAACCAUAGCAAUAUCACUGUAGAACACUACAUAGUCCCCCCCCCGACCUCGGAGGCCUGUUUGUUUACAUUGUAUUCACAGGAUGACUCACGCUAGUCCUACAAGCACCUGUGUAGGAGCUGUGAGUGAGUCUGAUAGUAAAGGCCAGCCUUCGUGUCUGCGUCUGUCUUUCCCAAGUCUGUCUGUGCUGGAUUAUGAACGUGUGAUUGAACGUGCGGGAAAUUACCUAGUGUAUUUAGGGGGGCUGGAGGGGGGUAUUAAUAAGUGUCAUGCGGGGGGUGAGCUCUGCAGCGCAUGUUCGCCACAGCUGGGGUUUGUGUUGGCUGGGGUUUGUGUCCGGGAACACCCUGAUGCUGAAUAAGGGGGUGGUCUUUUCCAUUUCAUUGGUGAUUGAAAGUACCCUGCCUCCCCCCCCCCCCCUUCAUUUUUAAUUCAGCUGCUAUUCUGCAGACUUUCACCCGCAGACUGACAAAAUUUUCAAAUGUAAGACGAGUGUUGGCCGGAGACAUCCAGGCCGAGCCUGAUUGGCUGGAAGGCGGCCGCGCGUCACACAGGGUGUAUGAAUAGAGCAUGUGCGUGUUCUCCAGUGGUGGCAACGCCUUCCGAUUGUAGUCUCUCCUCGUGUCAUAUCCUGUGAAUGUUCAGGUAGUGUUUCUCAAGCCAUAGGAAGAGAGGGACAAAAAUGCGAUUGAUGUCCAGUCUGUACCUUUUUUUUUUUUUUUUUUCUGUUUUUCAUUUGCAAGAAGUUGGGGGAAAAACUAUUUUUGAUAAUGAGUAAAUAUUGAAAAAAAAAUGCCAUGUAGUUUGCUUGGGUUUUAUUUACAGUGAGCAGCCCUUGUUUUUACCCCACUAGUACCUCAAUAGCUUUAUGGGUUUCUGUUUGUUUUUUAAUCUGUUUUGCUUUUGUUACAUAUUUGUUUAUUGACCAAAAGGAAAAGAGGAUAAAUUAUUCAAAGCUGACUGAAGGUGCUGCCCACCCCCAACCCCCCCUGGAUGCUUCACUGUGCUGUUAUGGCUGAUUUGGGUUCCCCUUAAUUGAUUUGCUUAAUCAUUUGUUGCAGAGUUUUACUAAAAUGGUUGAUAACACUACUAUAACUCUGCAAGACCAAAUAUUUGGACAGUACUGCACCGUUAGACCAGGUAAACAUAGUCUGUGUCAUUAGAGAUGUAGAAUGUCUUGGUUUUGCAAAUACUCUUGGUUAAUGUUAGAACCCUGAUUACAUUCUUGGUGUCGACAGUUCAAGUUGCUGGACUAUAAACGAGUUCCCUGUAAUUGCUGGUAUAUUCACUGCCACAUUUUAAAAUAUGUAAUGCAAUGAUCAAUAAAUGAUAGUUUUCUACUGC